CCAACUCUGAAGUCGCAGCUACACUCAGUGGAAAAAAGAAUUAGACGGUAGUUGUAUGCAAAAUGGCAGACAUAGUAGAAAAUAGUACAGAUCAGACAGACAGCCACCAAGAGGUGAAACAAGACCAGAGUGUGGAACGAAUGACUGGGAGCUCGUCCGACGGGAAGAUGACAUUUGACGACAGUGGGCUCUCUGCUCUUCUGCACAGUGGCUUGGAGAAUCUGAGGCUGGAGAGAUCCCUGACUGAUGUUGUACUAUGUGUGGACAAUAGUGAGUUCUCCUGUCACAGGGUGGUCUUGGCGGCAGCGAGCAGUUACUUCAGGGCAAUGUUUUGUAAUGAUCUCAAAGAAAAACAUGAAGAAAGGAUAGUGAUUAAAGGGGUGGAUGCCAGCACCAUGGAGACAUUAUUGGAUUAUACCUACACCAGCAAAGUCUACAUCACCAAACAUAAUGUGCAGAGAAUCUUGGAAGCUGCCAGUCUAUUUCAGUUCCUGCGGAUGGUGGAUGCCUGUGCCAAUUUCCUCAGUGAGGCUCUGCACCCAGACAACUGUGUGAGCAUCCUAAGGCUGGCCGAUACCCACUCCCUGGACAGGCUGAAGAAGUGCGUGCAGAACUAUAUUGUGCAGAACUUCCCACAAGUACUGACUCACGAGGAAUUUCUGGAGCUACCUGCAGAGAUCCUGUCAGAAAUCCUGGGAAGUGACGAGCUCUGUGUCACAGAGGAGGAACAAGUUUUCGAGACAGCAAUGCGCUGGGUGCGUUACCGAGAGUCGGAGAGGCAGCACCAGCUGAGCCAGGUGCUGAGACAUGUUCGCCUACCCCUCCUGGACCCUUGGUACUUUGUGGAGUGGGUAGAAGGUGAUGAACUUGUUUGGAAAAAUCCUGACGUUUUCAGCCUGUUGCAAGAAGCCAGGAUGUACCACCUAUCGGGCAAUGAGAUUAUUUCAGAGAGAACAAAGCCCAGGAUGCAGGAGUUCCAGUCAGAGGUCUUCAUGAUAAUAGGCGGCUGUACAAAGGACGAAAAGUUUGUGGCAGAAGUAACCUGCUUGGACCCACUCCGGCGAAGUCGCCUGGAAGUGGCCAAGCUACCAAUCACAGAGCAGGAGAUGGAGAGCGAGAACAAGAAAUGGGUGGAAUUUGCAUGUAUCACUUUCCGUAAUGAGGUCUACAUCUCAGGUGGUAAAGAAACUCAACACGAGGUUUGGAAGUACAAUGCCUCCUUAAAUAAAUGGAUUCAAGUUGAAUAUUUAAACACUGGACGGUGGCGACAUAAGAUGGCCGUUCUGAACGGCAAGGUGUAUGCGAUUGGAGGCUUUGAUGGCAUCACACGACUCAACAGUGUGGAAGCAUAUGACCCAUUUCACAACUGCUGGACUGAGGGAGUUCCACUCCUCAUAAAUGUGAGUUCAUUUGCCGCUACUACCUACAAUAAGAAGCUAUAUAUUAUUGGCGGAGGACCCAAUGGGAAACUGGCUACAGACAGAACCCAGUGUUAUGAUCCUGUGACAAAUACGUGGAGCCUGAAAUCACCUAUGCCUAUAGAAGCCAAGUGCAUCAAUGCUGUUACAUUUAAGGACCAUAUUUAUGUUGUGGGUGGUGCAAUGAAGGCCCUGUACUGCUACAGCCCCACAGAGGACUCGUGGGCUCUCGUCACGCAGUUCGGCCACGAGCGUGCCAGCUGUGGGAUUGCAGCCUGCAGCAACAAGCUCUUCAUCACCGGCGGCCGCGAUGAGAAGAACGAGGUCAUUGCCACCGUGCUCUGCUGGGACACAGAGAAACAAAAGCUGACAGAGGAGUGCGUCCUGCCCCGCGGAGUCUCACACCAUGGCAGCGUCACCGUGAGGAAGUCCUACACGCACAUUCGCCGCAUCGUCCCUGGGGCAGUUUCCGUAUGACACAUAACUGAAGUGUGAGAAGCAUUCUCACCUGCAGUGUGGCUGCCUGGGCUUUUGGGGAGACUUUGCCUGGAAAGUCAGAGACAGUUAGUAAAGUGUGGAGCCUGUCACCUGGAUCUUGAGUCAGUGGAAAGCAUCAAAGAACUGGCUACACACCCAAUACAAAUGGGACAAACACAACAUUGACAAAAGAGUUGGGAACGUGAAUCUAAUCCAAAAAAGAUACCUUGAAUUCCUUUUAGUGCAUAAAGGAACUGGAAGAUACAGGUCACAUAUUGAAAAUGUCUAAUUGAAGAACACUGGGGUAGAAAAGAGGGACAUUGAGAAUGAGGGGACAUAGAGGGAAAAUGGCAAGGAAUGAGGGAGAUUACAUAAAUUGAAAAGAAGAUUAAAAACAUGAAGCCAGGCCUCAGGUACUGUGCUCUCCUCUUUGUACUGUCAUCACAUUGGGAGACAUCGGCUACCCGUUGGCUUGGGCUGGAGGCAAUAUGAGCUUACAGCCAGAACGAGGGUUGUUCAUCUACUGCUCCCACCUGGCCCUCUUGGGUCAGAAAACCCUUGGCCUCAGGCAGCCAUUUCUCCAUCUCUUGCCACUACCUGCAAUCAGGCCAUGGGCUGCAUUUCUCAUUCUCUCUAGGCCCCACCUAGAAGAGGCAGCAAACGGUGGCACAGGUAGAGUCCACCCUUCCUGGCCCUGGCCCUGGCCCACGGGCGCAGAUGUGCCUCCUGCUGUUUGGCAGUACAGGUACUAUAGAUAUUCAUGUUGAUGCAGGCAGAAUUUCUUGCAGCAGAUGCUAUUCAUUGAUAAAAGAGGAUCCACUUGGACACAGCACCAGGGAACCUAGCAUGCAGCUGAGGCCUUGCUGGAUUGACAUGAGGUUGAUUGGAAGAUGGGCAAAUAAGUUCCCCUGCUUUUUUACCCAUCUCCUGGUAAGAAGAACCCAUAAGUGCCAGUUGCGGGAGUAAAGGCCUGAAAGCCUUUAGUAGAUUUGGGCCUCUGUGACUGGAACAGAUCCCUUCUGUUCUCAAAUGCUAGUCUGAGGAAAUUUAUCUACAUACACGUGUGAAGAUUUCUAGAUUUUGCGUCACUUUAGUAAUUGGUCACUGGAGGAUGCAAUUAUCUUUACUUCAAUCAAUGUUUAUGACAGCACCUCUUUUGUCAGUGAAUGUGCAAGCAAUGUCCUGGGCAUAUUUGUUAAACAAUAACCUGUGUACUCAGGUUGUGGAAUAUUCCAUUUACUCAAAUAUUUGGAAUCAAUAUACAGAGGGCACAAAUAAAUGGAACAAAAUAAAUGUUGG